GAGCUCUCGAACUCGACUCUACUCUGUCCAAGCAUCACGAACCUUUUGUCACCCAAGGAGAGGUUCGGCUAUAGUCCUGACCGUGAUGGAUCCCAAUACCCAUGCUGCGACGGCAGGUGCCGGAGGAUUCGCUGGAGAGCCGACGACGGCCACUCAUGCGACCGUCUAUGCGACCGCCUACUCUGAUAUCCCCGUGUUCGAAGCGAUGGUCAGGAACGUAGCAGUCAUGAUGCGAAGAUCAGACAUGUGGUUGAAUGCAACUCAAAUCCUCAAAGUCGCCGGGGUGAACAAGACGGCACGGACAAAGUACCUCGACCGGGAGAUCUCAAAGGGAGUGCAUCAGAAGAUUCAGGGUGGGUAUGGGAAAUACCAGGGGACUUGGGUUCCAUAUCAAACCGGUGUCGACCUCGCUCGCAGCUUUGGCGUACUCGGUCUCCUGGAACCCGUCUUCUCACUUCAGGCUCAUGCCGCACAACUUCCAUUGUCGACACCCAGCCUACCUGUACCUAGCCCGGCACCCUAUCCCAACAAUCCGAACCUCAACCCAGGCGCACCCAUCUCCCCUGCCCCCGCUCCGGGUCAAGGUCGGUCCUUGGCGACGGGGAUGAACAUGAUCCUUGGUAACCAGUCCGUCGGCGGAGGAGCGCCGGGCUCAUCUGCUGCUGCACCGGGGCUGUUGACGGUAGAACCUCAGUCGAGACAUGCACCAGGAGGAUCCAACUCGUUUGACGUCGGAUCGAGUUCCAUGCAACGUCAAUACGCUGCGGGUUCGACCUCAAUGCCGCAUGGUCACCAUCCGGCAUAUGACCCUUCUCAUCGAGGGGAUGGCAUGUUGUAUUCGAGCCACAUGCCGACGAACCAACCGGGUCAGCCAUCUGCAAUGACAGGCGGAUAUUACGCUACCAAUGCGCCUCUCCAAGCUCAACCCGUGGGAGCUCCCGCAUACGCUGCUCCGCGAGGCGCACUGAAACGACCCUUGGGAGCGGGGGAAGAGGCUUUCGACAAUCCCAGUGUGCCCGGUCUCUACGUAGAUCAAUAUGGCAGGUCUUAUAUGGUCGAAGGGGAUGCGAGCCAGCAACCCCCCUUGAAACGGUCCAAGCAGGACCAACCCGCUGGGUUCGCAUCAACAGAAUUCGAGAUGCCGCAGGACGGGUCGGCGGACGGGUCAGUUCCAUCGGGGAUGAAGCUGGCGAACCGACCAAAUCGACCGGGGCAUUUGGCAGCUGGAUCUCCCUCGGCGGACGUGGACGGGACGACCGCUGCCUCGUCUGCCCGCGCACGGACAAAAUUGUUGGCCAUCUUUGAAGCCAAGGAGACGACAGAGGUCGACCUGGACGUCUUGCUCGCCUUGUCUCCCCGUAAACCCGCAGCUAGUCAUGAGGAUGGUGAUGGGGAUGACCCCGGCGACAUGUUGGUGAUGGAUGACGACGAGGACGAAGACGCCAAAGAAGGCGAGAUGGCAAUCGAUAUCGACCAAGUGAUCGACGACCGAGGUCAUACGGCGUUACAUUGGGCGGCGGCGUUGGCUAGGGAUAGCAUUAUAGCCCAACUGAUCAAAAGGGGCGCUGAUGUGGAUAGAGGAAACUUUGCUGGAGAGACGCCCUUGAUUCGAGCCAUCCUCACUACCAACAAUGCGGACCGCAACAACCUGUCCACCCUAUUGGAUCACCACCUGGGUUCGUCGAUCAGAACGAUCGAUAACAAUCACCGUUCCGUCUUGCAUCACGUCGCCCUCGUCGCUGGGAUCAAGGGACGAGCGACGUCGGCCAAUUAUUACAUGUCGACCUUGCUCGAAUGGAUCGCUAAGCAUGAGGAAGAAGGCUCACUGAAGACGCUGGUGAACCUGAGAGAUUUGCAAGGCGAUACGGCGCUCAACGUCGCGGCUAGGGUGGGGAACAAGAACCUCGUCAAGUUGUUGUUGGACGCUGGGGCCGACGCCUCGAGAGCCAACAAGAUUGGUCUGAGACCGGUCGAUUAUGGGUUAGAAGUACCGGGCCUGGAGAUUGUCAAUGGAUUCGGUUCAACACCUGCAAACGAUGUGUUUUCCCAAGUCCCUUACACAAAAGGCAAUGAUCUUGUCAAGCGCCUCUCCAACAUGAUUCAACAACUCAACAACGACUUUCGGCAAGAGAUCGGUUCGAAGCAGAGCAAUCUCGAUCAGAUCCAUGCCCAAGUCGUGCUCGUCACUCGGGAGCUUGCAGAAGAACGGAGAAAGAUCACGGCCGCUCAGAACCUCGUCAAAGAGGUGGAGGCCAUACAACAACAAUCGCACGAUCUGGAAAAGGUUCUCCCGCUCGAGGCCACAUUCGAGUGGUACCCCGGACAGGCGGAUUCGGUCGCUCAGGAUGCUACAAUCGACCCCACAGUGGAUCGCUCGAGCGGUUCGACACUCGUGCAACUCCGACGGAUACGGACGUGGCAACGCCGUACAGAGGGUCUACUCGAUCAAAAACUGCUGGACGUCGCGGCUACGUCGGCGGAAAAGACGGCCAAGUAUCGAAAGGUGAUCGCGACGUGUGUCAAGUUGCCAGUCGAACAGGUGGACGAGAAACUCCUGGACGAACUGACGAGAGCGGUCGACAGCGAUGCCGCGCUGCUCGAUUCUGGCAAGAUGACGGCCUUUAUUCAACGAGUCAAUGCGUGACGAACAAACUCUGCAACCGACCGACACGACCAUUGCUGUAUAAUCUCGCUCGAAUCACGUUGUAAACCUGGCGACAAGUACCAGAAAUCUUGGACCUUUUGCGCAC